UUUUGUGUUUCCAGCCGGUUGACAAUUGAGCAAGCACCGGUCACAUCAUGGCGAGACACCUUCGCUUCAUUGCGCGGACAGUGAUGGUUCAGGACGGCAACGUUGAUGCGGCGUACAAGACUUUAAACAGGGUCCUUACUCAGGAUGGGAUUAUUGAAACGGUGAAGCAAAAGCGCUACUUCGAGAAGCCCUGCCGAGAGCGACAGCGGAAGAACUUUGAGAACUGCAGGCGGAUCUACCACACGGAAAUGGCCAGAAAAAUUGCCUUCAUCUCCAGGACAAAUAGAGAGGAUCCCUGGCUCGGCUGCUAGUGAAAUGGAGUGUGAUGGAACAGGACGUUAUCAAUGGACUGGUUGAGAUGGGCCCAGCAAAGUGGAAGAAGCAAUCAAUACAAUGUCACUGUCACAUCUAAAUGGACUUUGGGAAUUACUGAGAAAAGUAGCUUUCAUCUUGUCACAUUGUGUCACCACAGUAAAAGGAAGAAAACAUUUGUAGAAGUACAUUCAUUGUCAAAUCAACUUUGGACAUUUUUUCCCUUUUCUGCACAGAAUUUGGCAUGAAACGUGUGGUGCUUGUACUGAGAGGGAAACCUAUUCAUCAUUGUUGGUUGUAAUGAGCCGGUUAAUGAAUACUUGGUUGAUGACAUUUUGUGUUUUGACUCUUCCCACACAAUCUUACUAAUGAAAACCUAAUAAAUGCGUGACAAUUUC